GUCACCCUCCUCUUCUCCUCUCUGCUCGCUCCUGCUCGCUCCCUCUCUCUCUCUCCUCUCUCCCUCUCUUCUCUCCGUCCCCUCAAAGAACCUGCCCCUCCAAAUCUCCCCGUCGCUCGCCGCCGCCUUUUUCGCUGUUCCCUCUUCUCGUCGCCGCCCUCUGCCCGCCCUCGCUUCUGGAAUGCCGCCGUGGCAGCCUUCGGCCUGAUCGCCUGCUAUCUCCGCCCCUAACCCGCUGACGUACCAUCGCCGCCUUGCCAGCUAGGCUACCACACCACAGCUUCACCCUCGCCCUUCCUCCACUCCCAACACCCACAAAGCGCACAAGCGUUGAGCUGCCUUUGCAAUCAUGGCCAGCGCUACGCCUCAGGUCAACAUGGAGACACCCAUCAGCGUGAGGGUGUCGAUGCAGAGCACGACAAGGAAGUUCAAGAUCCCGCUCGGGGAUCUGAACGCCCAGGUGCUGCCGGGCAGGCUUCGAGUGCUCCUCGGCAUUCCAGAGAACGAGCCGGCCAUCUUCGAACGCUUCUCCGACUCGGCCGCUUCCUUCGUUGUCCUCGAUCCCAACAACCACCACGUGUACAAGACCCUCUUCAGAGCUGCCAAGGCGAAGCUCAAGCUUCGUCUCAGAGUCACCUUCCCGAACGCUGCAAACCCCGAAAGCUCCAUCCCACCGUUCAAGCCCAUUGGCCUGCCUGGGACUUUCUCCUCGGCCUUCCCAGAGCUCGACGGGCUUGGCUCCGACACGACCCUCAACAGCAUCAAGACCGAGCCGAACACGUCUGGCACUGCUGGCUCGGCUGAAUCGCUGAUUCCGAUCGCAAACGGAAGUGCUGAGCCUUCCACGGCCGACGCCCCAGCUCAGCCGGCACCCAAGCGCAUCUCGACCAGGCUGAGCCGCGAGGCGUUCUUCGCUGAGCUUGCCAACCUCUCGCGUCAGCGCGAACUUGCCCUCCGCGUCAAGGAGCCAGUCGUGCCGGCCACCAACAACUGCUCCUGGUCUGUGUUCUGCAAUGCAUGCGACAAGCCCAUGGCCGACGCCCAUUACCACUGCAACAUCUGCGACGAUGGCGAUUACGACCUCUGCGAAGCCUGCGUCAAGAGUGGCAUUCACUGUCCGGACGAAAACCAUUGGCUGGUCAAGCGUUUUGUCAGGAACGGCCAAGUUGUGAGCAGCACUACGGAGCGCCUUUCGCCCAAGCAACCCAAGCAAGCAGAGCUUCCGGAGAUGCCCGGCGCAUAUACCGAACACGUGGAGGAGGAGGAGGAGGAGGAGGAGGAGAAGGAGAAGGCGAAGCCAGAACCGGAAGCCGAACCGGAAGCUGAGGCUGAGGAGCCCGUUCACGAGGCAACGCGCACGUGCAACUGCUGUAUCAAAGAGGAUCAAGAGAACCGCUUCGUCACUUGUCUCGACUGCCCAGACUAUGACCUGUGCAUCCCGUGCCACGAGGCUAAUAAUCAUGGCCACCACCCCGCGCAUCAGUUCAAGGCCGUUGGCGAGGGCGUCUCUCUCUCCCCGGUGGCAGAGUUCCUCUGUGCCCCAGGCCGAAACAUCAAGCAUGCCGCUCUGUGUGAUGGCUGCGACAAGCCAAUCUUUGGUGUCCGGCACAAGUGCCUCAACUGCCCUGAUUGGGACUUCUGCUCCGAGUGCAUGAAGAACGCGAGCUACAUUCAUCCAGGGCAUCGUUUUGCCCCCCUAUACGAGCCAAUCCCCACUCCACGCUACCACAAGGUUCGCCAUGUCGGUAUCUAUUGCGACGGGCCUCUCUGCGAGAACAAGAGUGUCUAUAUCGAAGGCACUCGCUUCAAGUGUGCCAUCUGCCAUGACACUGACUUCUGUGCCAGCUGCGAGGCACAUCCCAGCAACAAGCACAACCACACUCAUCCGCUGAUCCAAUUCAAGACCCCCGUUCGUAAUGCUACCAUCACGACCGUCCACGAGGACCAAUACGGACGCAGCCUGGCACCCAAGGGCGACCGCCCCGAGCCACGAGCGGAGCCAAGCAAGGCCCCAGCCAAUGCUGCUACUCAGGUGCAGACCAUCAUCGACGUUAAGCCAGCGGACACUCCCGAGCACAGGCCUUCCAAGGAGAAGAUCGAGAUCAAGGACCUUCUUGCGGAGCCCAUCGAAGAAAAAAUCAAGGUCCAAGAUCUGUUGUCCUCACCGCUCGAGGAGAAGGCCCGUCCUGUAGACGUCAACAAGCUGAAUGCCGUCUUCGUCCGAGAGACCGUUCCUGACGGUACGUUGAUCGGUGCAAACUCCGUCUUCACCCAAGUCUGGACACUCCGCAACUCUGGCCAGGCUGCCUGGCCGGCUGGCUGCAGCGUUCGUUACACGGGCGGUGAUAACAUGCUCGAGAACGUGGCUACCGAGUCGAACGUGCUCGACCGUCCAGUCGAGGUUGGUGAAGAGAGCGCAUUCCGUGUUGUCCUCAAAGCUCCGCAGACUCCAGGCACAAAGAUAUCCUACUGGCGUCUGAAGACCCCGGACGGCCAAGCUUUUGGCCAUCGUCUCUGGUGUCAUGUCACGGUCGGCCUCCCGUCACAGCAAGAACCAAGUUCCCUGCCUCAGGUCGUGUCUCCGCCACAGCUCGUUCAGCCUCGGCCAGGUGAGUGGCAUGACACGUUCCUCCAGCAAGCGCUGCAGCAUCGCUUCCUUCGCGCACAGGCCUUGGAGAGGCAGCGGGUUGAAGAAGAGAAGAUCAAGGCCGAGCAUGAAGCUAAGCAGAUCGCUGAUGCUCGGGCAAAGGCUCACCGGGCCGAGAUGCUUCAAAAGCUUUCGACUGAGAUUCGCGCCGUUGAGAUACAGCACAGAGCUCGUACGGCCGCUGCCAAGGCUGCCAUAGAUGCCGCGCAAGCCGCUAGAGCUCCAGUCUCUCCACCCCAAUCACAGCCAGCUUCCGAGCUUCCUGCUCCACUCUCUCCACCUGCUCAAGCUGGCCCAUCGGCGACGACGGCUCAAGGAUUCGUCAGAUCCGUCCAGGAUCAUCAGCUGCAGCUCAUGCUACAAGAGCAACAAAUCAGAAAGCGCAUGUUGAUGAAUCGGGACGCCGAGAUGAAGGCCAAGGUUGCGGCUACACGUCAAGCACAGGAGCAGCUCCUAUUGCAACAGAAGAUGAGACGGCUUGAGCUGGAAAACAAGGCACGCAACGAAACUAAGAUGAGCCCCCCGGCGCAGGACUCAUUCAACCAGAUGGCCAUGCUCGAGUUGGAGAACAACAGGCGCCUGUUGAAUGCCCGCGCCGUGGCGGAAAAGGCUCCAUCUCCUGUCGAGGUUGUGGCCGAGGUCAGACCGGUUUCUGUAGAAGCGGUUGAGGAGGAAGAGACCAAAGGCAAGGAUAAAAACGCCAUGAUCUUCCCAAAACUUGACAAGGAGUCGCCCGUGUCUAGCGUGCACGACGUCUCCUCUCCCGUCUCGAAGACUGAGAGUGCACCUCUGCCCCAGCCACCGAAGAGCGACAAGUCUGACCUCGAGAUCUUUGAAGAUGCAGAGAGUGUGAGCCUUGUCGAGACUAGUGAUGAGGACGGCUUUAUGACCGAUGAAGAGUACGACAUCCUAGAUGCUAGCGAUGAGGAAAGCCCUGCAUAGAGGACGAGCCAUCCUCGUCGACGGUGCUAGGACAUCGCAACCAAAAAAAAAAAAGAAAACCCGCAGUCAUAAUAGAUCAAGAAAAAAACAAGGCUGGCAAUACGACCAGCGGGUACCACCCAUACCUGCUCAGCUAUUUCUCUCACAAACCUUGCGCAAAAUUGGAAUUGGCCGGCGUGGUUGGUGGCGUAUACGUGUGCUUCAAUAAGCUAAUCUCCUCUAACGUCUUUGCUUGAAUUUGACCCGACUUUAGGACACUCGUUUGGAGGCGGUGGGAAGUAAGGGCGUGGGAGUUGGUCCUUGAUUGUCUGGCAAAGUAUGAAUUCUUCGAACUUGUCUCAUUGCUACAACACGAUCUUCUUUUUUUUUUUUUCCUAGGUUUCGCUCUCCGUUGUAGCUAUGCUAGGUAAUUACUUCCGGUAUGACAUCACGACCUGCAAAACCUACC